GGAGAGGGCCCCCAAAGAAAAACCCAACCAGCCAGCACUGAGGCAAGCCCGCCAGGGACCCACCAAUGAGGCCCAGAUGGCGGCCGCGGCAGCCCUGGCCCGGCUUGAACAAAAGCAGCCCAGGGCCCGGGGCCCCACGUCACAGGAAUCCAUCCGGAACCAGGUGAGAAAGGAACUUCGGGCUGAAGCGACUGUCAGCGGGAGCACGGAGGCCCCAGGGACCAACACGGUGCCCGAGGCCAAAGAGGAAGGCUCAGCCCAUCUGGUGGUGCCCGGCGUGUGCUUCACGUGCCCUCUCACUGGGGCCACGCUCAGGAAGGACCAGCGGGAUGCCCACAUCAAAGAGGCCAUUCUCUCGCACUUCUCCACCGACCCAGUGGCUGCCUCCAUCAUGAAGAUUCACACGUUCAACAGAGACCGGGACAGGGUGAAGCUGGGUGUGGACACCAUUGCCAAGUACCUGGACAACAUCUGCCUGCAUCCCGAGGAGGAGAAGUACAGGAAGAUCAAGCUGCAGAAUAGGGUGUUCCAGGAGCGCAUUAACUGCCUGGAGGGGACCCAUGAGUUUUUUGAGGCCAUUGGCUUCCAGAAGGCACUGCUUCCGGUUCCCGAUCAGGACGGCCCCGAGGAGUUCUACGUGCUGACCGAGGCCGCGCUGGCCCAGCCCCAGAGCCUGCAGCGGCACAAGGAGCAGCUGCUGGUCGCCGAGCCCGUGCGGGCCACCCUGGCCCGCCAGCGCCGGGUCUUCCAGCCCUCGCCCAUGGCCUCCCAGUUUGACCUGCCCGGGGACUUUUUCAACCUCACGGCGGAGGAGAUCAAGCGAGAACAGAGGCUCAGGUCCGAGGCCGUGGAGCGGCUGAGUGUGCUGCGGACCAAGGCCAUGCGGGAGAGGGAGGAGCAGCGAGAGACGCGCAAGUACACGUACACGCUGCUGCGCGUCCGCCUCCCCGACGGCUGCCUCCUGCAAGGAACCUUCUACGCCCGGGAGCGGGUGGCCGCACUGUACGCGUUCGUCCGGGAGGCCUUGCAGAGCGACUGGCUGCCUUUUGACCUGCUGGCCUCCGGUGGGCAGAGGCUGUCAGAGGAGGAGAGCCUGGCCUUCAACGAGUGUGGGCUGGUGCCCUCAGCCCUCCUGACCUUCUCGUGGGACGCAGCCGUGCUAGAGGACAUCAGGGCCGCGGGGGCCGAACUGGACUCAUCUAUUCUGAAACCCGAGCUCCUGGCGGCCAUCGAGAGGCUCUCAUGAAAUAAAAAGCAGGGUUGGCUUUAGCCCGCGUGGGUUUGUCUCAUGUUCUCCUGCUUCCUCCACCACUACUCCCUGCCACCCGGGCUCCCCCCACCCAGGGUCCCUCACUCCUCCGGAACUGCCCGCCCUGGGCCACGGAGCACUGUGGGCACAGGGAGGAGCGCUGGUCGGCUGCGACACAUGCCUGGGACUGCCAUCUGGAGAGGGCUCUCAGGAGGCAGCCACCGUACCUGUCCAUGGAACCCCCAGGCAGGAGUAGGCCUGCAACACGGGCCCUGUGCCUGCACACUAUGGCCCAGGUGGCCGCGGCUGGCCCUGACACGGAACCACAGGGUUCCUGGGGACAACGGCAGAGGGAGACGCAGGGCCUGUCAGGACACGGUUCUGUGAUUACUAAAUUAAGAACCCGAAUAAAUGCCAUUGGACUAGU